AAUGCAUGAGAAUAGGAUGAAGUGUUUGUUGUCGGCGAGAGUUAUUACUGAGCGCGAUUUGUAAUGAAUGUUUUGGCGACAUCGUUGAAAGAAAUUCUGCCCAGAGAAUCAACAAUGGUUUCCAUGGAAACUUUUAUUCUCAUCAAGCAUUUGACACGCUGAUUUCGAACUUUUAUUUAUUUGUUUUUCCUAAAGCUUUCAAGUUCAUCGAAGAGACAUGAUUUACAUCGGUAUGAGCUGAGCUCUAUGAAGAAAUUGGAGUGCUUAGUGCCUGAGGAUUGAAAUAGGAAGUAGAAGUUCCACAAAGUUUAAAUUCAACCAAAACAGGGAUGUUGCUACUUCGUUACCAACGGCAACGGCAGGAAGCGGAGGAUGGCGGUCGCAGAGACACUUCUGAGCACGACAUGCGUCGGAAAAUCAGCGACAGGGACCUCAAAGGUGAAAGUCACCGUGCAGCUACCAGGGGCACACUCAUUUGCAUCUUCGUCUGCGGUUCCUUUCUUCUUACCCUUGGACUGGUCAUUUUGUUCGUCGGUCUCCUAGUUCCAGGCCCCAAGAAGGAUCCCACGCCAUGGCUCGUCAUCGGCCCCACGUGCAUCGUGCUGGGUAUACUCGUCCUGUUGCUGUCCGUGGAAAUUAUCAUAAAACUGAGAAAGAUAUCUGCCUCUUCGAGGGGCUCUGCGGAGCCAGAGACACCUGUCAAGAAAGGAACUGUCAAGCAUGGAUGGGGGAAUCAAGAGGAUGGCGACGUAGAGCUUGGUAAAGAAGUAAUGCCAAAAGUUAUUCCGGUUAUUGUUCAUCCAUCUACUCCGUUGCAGUUAGAUGCUACUUCAUUGACAGCGGAUGUGGUGCAACAUAGGUGAAACCUGGUUUAGUGUGAAAAGAUGCAAAAUUGUCUACAACUUGCUCCAGGCUGGAGGAGCAAAUUCACUUGAGUAGACUUUGAGCCCAGCCUGAUAAGGAGCACAUUAAAAUGAAUAUCUUGUACUGUAUUUUCUACAGUGGCUGUGAAUUGCAUUACUUAUUUUGUAUAAAAGAUUUUG